UUUUUAUUUAAUUGUCCGAGUCCAUAAUAAUUGUGUAAUAACAAGAAUAGUGGUUAACAAAAAAAAUCGGGUCUAGUCGGUUGUCGUUUUGGACAAUAACCCCUCUGUUCCCAUUGAUAUUCGCCGCCGCCUCCCUUGCGCUGUGUCUCUUCCCGUGAGUGUGUGGGUUUGUGCUGCUCAUCUUAAAAAUAGCCUAAAACACAUCCAGCUGCUAAAACAACAACGGCACGACGACUCUCUCGUAAAAUUAAAUAGCUACUCCGUUUCGCGGCGUUUUAACUUAGGCGUGUAAAAUAUAAAACCGUCUUAUUGUGUUUUCCGCAAUAUCAAAUGGCCACCAUAGAUGGAAGACCGGCGCAAUAUGGAAUAUCACUUAAGCAAUUACGCGAGCUCAUGGAGCAUCGCGGACGGGAAGGUGUUGCGAUGAUUUGUGAAUUUGGUGGUAUUCACGAACUCUGCAAAAAGUUAUACACAUCUCCGAAUGAAGGUUUAAGUGGCUCGAAGGCUGACGAAGAGCACAGACGUGAGACAUUCGGCUCGAAUAUAAUACCACCGAAGCCACCGAAAACAUUUCUAACACUGGUUUGGGAGGCCCUUCAGGAUGUAACACUUAUUAUUUUAGAGGUAGCUGCAUUAGUAUCGCUUGGUCUAUCUUUUUAUAAACCCGCCGACGAAGAUGCACCUGUAUUACAAGAGGAGGAGGAACACCAUGGCUGGAUCGAAGGCUUGGCCAUUCUCAUAUCUGUUAUCGUAGUUGUGAUAGUGACGGCCUUUAACGAUUACUCAAAGGAACGACAGUUCCGAGGCUUGCAGAAUCGCAUUGAGGGCGAGCACAAGUUUUCAGUUAUCCGAGGGGGUGAAGUGUGCCAAAUUUCGGUUGGUGAUAUUCUCGUUGGCGACAUUGCGCAGAUUAAAUAUGGCGAUCUUUUGCCAGCUGAUGGUUGCCUUAUACAAAGUAACGAUCUAAAGGUUGAUGAGUCCUCGCUAACUGGUGAAUCGGAUCAUGUUAAGAAAGGUCCAGAUGUUGAUCCCAUGGUUCUAUCCGGCACACACGUGAUGGAAGGCAGUGGAAAAAUGAUUGUCACCGCUGUCGGUGUCAACUCUCAGGCGGGCAUCAUUUUUACUCUCCUUGGAGCCGCUGUCGAUGAGCAGGAAGCUGAAAUCAAAAAGAUGAAGAAGGAAGCUAAAAAGGCCAGCAAACAAGCAAACAAGAGUCUGACAGGUGAGAGCGAUGGUCGAACCCCAAUGAAGGGCUCCCAAACCCAAGCGCAAGCGUCGUCACAGCGGCAGCCAGUCAGCGAGGGAACCAAGUCCGAGUCAGAUGGCAACCAUGUGCCGCAAUCGUCCUCGACAUCAGCACCAGCUGAAACAGGUCACAAAAAAGAAAAGUCCGUGCUACAGGCCAAGCUGACGAAACUAGCAAUACAAAUCGGCUACGCUGGCUCAACCAUUGCCGUGCUGACGGUUAUUAUAUUGAUAAUUCAGUUUUGUAUUAAAACGUUUGUGAUUGACGAAAAGCCCUGGAAGAACACCUAUGCCAACAACCUGGUGAAGCAUUUGAUUAUUGGUGUCACAGUAUUAGUAGUGGCGGUGCCCGAGGGACUCCCCCUGGCUGUAACCCUGUCUCUGGCUUACUCGGUCAAGAAAAUGAUGAAGGACAACAAUCUGGUUCGUCACUUGGAUGCUUGCGAAACUAUGGGCAAUGCCACUGCCAUUUGUUCCGAUAAGACUGGGACACUUACAACCAAUCGCAUGACCGUGGUGCAAUCCUAUAUCUGUGAGAAACUAUGCAAGGUCUUGCCCACUCUUAGCGAUAUACCACAGCAUGUGGGAAAUUUGAUUACAAUGGGGAUAUCAGUGAAUUCGGCAUAUACUUCAAAUAUUAUGGGCGGACAAAACCCCGGAGACCUACCAAUUCAGGUCGGAAACAAAACCGAGUGUUCUCUCUUGGGCUUUGUCCAGGCAUUGGGAGUUAAGUAUCAGUCUAUUCGAGAUGAAAUACCAGAGGAUAAAUUCACUCGCGUCUAUACAUUCAAUUCGGUACGCAAGAGCAUGGGAACGGUGAUACCCAGACCGAAUGGUGGAUACCGGUUGUACACGAAAGGAGCCUCAGAGAUUAUCAUGAAAAAAUGCGCUUUCAUUUACGGCCACGAGGGCACCUUGGAGAAGUUUACAAGGGACAUGCAGGAGCGAUUAAUACGCGAAGUCAUCGAGCCGAUGGCAUGCGAUGGUCUGCGCACCAUAUCGGUUGCGUAUCGUGACUUUGUGCCUGGGAAAGCAGCUUUAAACGAAGUCCACAUUGAUGGCGAGCCAAACUGGGACGAUGAGGAAAACAUUAUGUCAAAUCUUACCUGCCUUUGCGUCGUUGGCAUUGAGGAUCCAGUGCGUCCCGAAGUUCCGGAUGCUAUACGCAAGUGCCAGCGUGCUGGCAUUACAGUUCGUAUGGUCACUGGAGACAAUAUCAACACAGCUCGUUCUAUUGCCAGCAAGUGCGGCAUCUUGCGUCCCAAUGAUGACUUUCUUAUUCUGGAAGGCAAAGAGUUCAACCGUCGAAUUCGGGAUACCAAUGGCGAUAUUCAACAACAUCUUAUUGACAAAGUGUGGCCUAAACUGCGUGUUCUGGCCCGCUCAUCUCCCACUGACAAGUAUACAUUGGUUAAAGGUAUCAUUGACAGCGCAGUAAGCGAGAAUCGUGAAGUGGUUGCUGUGACAGGCGAUGGAACUAAUGACGGUCCAGCUCUAAAAAAGGCCGAUGUGGGCUUUGCCAUGGGUAUCGCUGGAACAGACGUGGCAAAGGAAGCUUCUGAUAUUAUUCUAACCGACGACAACUUCAGCAGUAUUGUCAAGGCUGUGAUGUGGGGUCGGAAUGUGUAUGACUCCAUAGCGAAGUUCUUGCAGUUUCAGUUGACAGUCAAUGUGGUCGCUGUAAUUGUUGCAUUUAUUGGUGCGUGCGCUGUUCAAGACUCCCCGCUGAAAGCAGUGCAAAUGUUGUGGGUUAACCUCAUAAUGGAUACAUUAGCAUCGCUUGCCUUGGCCACUGAGCUUCCGACACCAGAUCUACUGCUUCGUAAGCCAUAUGGUCGCACAAAACCCUUAAUUUCCCGCACAAUGAUGAAAAACAUUUUGGGCCAGGCACUUUAUCAGUUGUUUAUAAUAUUUUCGUUACUAUUUGUUGGCGAUUUGAUACUCGAUAUUGAAUCCGGUCGCGGGCAAGAGCUUAACGCAGGUCCAACACAGCACUUUACCAUAAUUUUCAAUACGUUUGUCAUGAUGACCCUGUUUAAUGAAAUAAAUGCCAGGAAAAUCCAUGGGCAGCGCAACGUCAUUGAGGGACUUUUGACGAAUCCAAUAUUCUACACAAUUUGGAUAUUCACCAUGAUAUCGCAGGUUCUAAUCAUUCAAUAUGGAAAAAUGGCUUUCUCAACAAAAGCUUUAUCGCUAGACCAAUGGCUGUGGUGUGUAUUUUUUGGAAUCGGUACAUUAGUGUGGGGACAACUGAUAACAUCUGUGCCUACGAGAAAAUUGCCCAAAAUACUAUCGUGGGGUCGCGGCCAUCCCGAGGAGUACACAGAUGCCAUGAAUUUGGGUGAGGAACGAUUCGACUCAAUUGAUUCCGAUAAGAAGCCGAGAGCUGGACAAAUUCUAUGGAUUCGUGGGCUAACUCGCUUGCAGACUCAAAUUUCAGUACCGUUGCGCGUGAUUCGUGCUUUCCGAUCGACCUUGGAAGACCUAAACGAACGCCGAUCGAUGCACAGCUUGCAUAGCUUACGCAGUCCCCGGACAGGCAUGCCAUUGGGCGUUGGCCAUCCAUUGUACAAUUUCAAUCUGCUGAGCCCAAAUUACAACAAGCACCAGCAUCAGCAGCAGCAACAACCACCUCCGCAGCAGCAACAUAAUCAGUCAAGCGCCCCGCUGCCGUUGGACAUAUCUUACAUUGACGAAGAUCCGCAGCAGCAGCGCACUUUGCACAAUGGACGUACUACAUCCGUUAACAUAUCCGGGUCGGCCUCCACCACACAAUCUAAGCGUGUCCCUGGCCUAUCCCCAGGUUUCUCCGAAAUAGCACACACUUUGCAGCAGCAAGUCCGCAGUAAUCAAAAUGAAACGCACCACUCAAACGGACAGAAUGAGACACGAAUUUAAUUAUCUAACUUGUUUCAGAGGCUGACAGUCAAACAAUUCGCAAGCAUUUAAAAUUGAAAUGUAAUUGGUAUCGUCAAAAAUAUUUUCGAACCAAAUCCAAAAUCAGACUGACCUGACACACUCUGAACCUGAACCCCAACAGUGUUUCAAUAGUCUAAAAAUGCUCGCUCUAAUCUGUAUUAGAUUAUUUCUUAAAUACUUUGUUUUUCGUGCAUUUUCCGAUACCCAAUAUCCAAAUUAACUUGGGGAUUACAUAUGUACCAAAUAUUCCAAAUUCGACUUUAUAUUUUUGGAUCUUUGGUUCUCUGGUCCAGUCUAUGCUGGUCUAAGCUUACAAAAAUCAAAGGCACAUCUACAGAUGUUUGUCGUUGGAGGAUUUGAAGUAAACGAAACAAGAUAUUAAAGCAUUGAAACAACCGUUUCAGCCAAAAAUAAAAAUUAUUAGCUUACAGGUAGUUUAGUGCAUGAAGAAUGCAAAAGAAAAUACAUACCUACAUAUGUCUAAUAGGAACACUUAAUUCACGUUUAGACUCGCUUGCUAUACCCAGCCACACGCGCUUUGCUCAUCAAAUCCUUGAGAGUCCCCGAGUCUGCCGUAUCCAGAUAAUUAUUUAAAGUACUUUAUACGUUUUAGAACAUUUAAGCAUGCUUUUUAUACCAUUACCUUGUUUAUUUGUAAAAAAAAAAAAUAAUAACAUUUUAGUAAUUGUAUUACUAACUACUGUAAAUCUAA